AUGGCGGCUCAAUCAYGUUGUAUCCUUUUGAAGCUUAGGAAAACUUAAAUAAUUCCUUAAUAUUACAAUGGAUCAAGAAUCAAAAGAAGAAAAAGACUCGAGCACUUGUUCUAAUGAGUAUAAAGAUGAAAAUAUCGAUGGUAAAAUGGCCGAGGAGAGCUCAAAUUAUUUAUCAAUUCAAGCAAGUGGUUGUACUGCAAGAAGGACAUCUAUAGGAUCAGCUGAAGGAGACAAGACGGAAAAACUUCUUAAAAUACUUCAAUUCAGAAACCCUGGACCACAGUUGGCUAGUUUUGAUCCUGAUAAAAGCAGACGGGAACAAAGGAAAGUAAGACAGUUUGUGAGAACAACAGAUAAACACCUUAACGAUGACUUGAAUCAGGUAAAUUUGAAUGGCAGGCGACCAAGAAACCCUCCCAAAAGACGAAAUUAUCACGAUCGAUCUGGUAUUCGUUUAUCGGAUAAUAAAGAUGUGUGUGAUUGUCAAGAUCUUAACUGUCCUGGAUGCCAUUUUCCAUGCGAUUCGUGUGGGUCUGAGAAAUGUGGCGUUGAAUGUCGUUGCAGUAGAAGGUGGACGUAUGAACCUUUAGUACAGAUAGAAAAUCCUUUUGUAACGUAAAAGGUUCAGGCUGUUUGAACUCAAAAUAGCUCACGUAUCCUAAAAUAUUUAUCGAGCUUUAAAUAAUUAGAUUAUUAUAUUUAAUAUAGUAAAAACAGAAAAACCCAAAGUUUUUUUUAUGGACAUGACCUUGUAAAACUGAUUGGGUUGUCUUUGUUCCUGAGACUAGAUUGCCUCGGAACACGGCUAACUCGCAGAUCGAACAUUGAAACAACCUCUGGUUUGAUCUACGUCAGGGCAUG